GACGCAAGGCGCCGGAAGGCGUGCGUGCACUGCGUCUCCGCCGUCUCUGCAAACGAAGUGAGAGGCACCGAGAGUCAAAGCUAAAAACCGCAUUCGAGACAAGAUGGCAGGGUUGCCCCGCAGGAUCAUAAAGGAAACACAGCGCUUGUUGGCAGAACCAGUGCCUGGUAUAAAAGCAGAGCCGGAUGAAGGGAACGCUCGCUACUUCCACGUGGUCAUCGCCGGACCUCAAGACUCCCCGUUUGAGGGUGGAACAUUUAAACUUGAACUAUUUCUUCCUGAAGAAUAUCCCAUGGCAGCUCCGAAAGUACGAUUCAUGACCAAAAUAUAUCACCCCAAUGUAGACAAGCUGGGAAGAAUAUGUCUAGAUAUUUUGAAAGAUAAGUGGUCUCCGGCCUUGCAGAUCCGCACAGUGCUGCUAUCAAUCCAGGCAUUACUAAGUGCUCCCAACCCUGAUGAUCCUCUAGCAAAUGAUGUCGCAGAGCAGUGGAAGACUAAUGAAGCUCAAGCCAUAGAGACAGCCCGAACAUGGACCAGGCUUUACGCCGGAAACAAUAUCGAAGUCUAGAAAUGUGUGGGGGGGUUGGGGAAGAAAAAAGUGGAAUUUAAGAGUGAACACAACUCGAUGUUCUGCCAAGACCAAUUCAUUUUUCAUGUAAAGGACACAGUCUUAGGAAUAAAAAAAUGAUAAACUAAAGCAUAUAUUAACAAAGCAAGCAAGAGAACUGCAGGCAAUUUGUGAAUUUAAAUGCACAUUAGUACAAAAAAAUGUAUUUGUCCUGAUUUACUGCUGUUCCGAUGCAUGGGCAGACGAUCUCAUACAGCUUUCUUUACAGUGGAUGGGGAGGUAGCCACAGACUUCUGCUUUGAAGUGUGCAUUAAAACUGACCGUCAUUUGUAUGUCCCAUUGUGCUUUUUUUGGAGGGGGUAACUUUUUAUAUUUCUUUUAACCUUCUUUUUCAUAUGUUGCUGUUUGCCCAUCUAGCCCAUGUACACCCUUUGUUAAACUGCAGAUUUUCCACUUAGCAAACGUUUAGGUUCACAAAUAUAGAAGAGACACACGGUUUAAACUCAACACAAGCAACAAUUUGACCUAGGAAAUGACCUGGAACGAUCUUCCACAGUCACAGAUUCUGUUACAUAUUUAGACCUUAAUGUAGAUUUACGUGUUGGACUAUGGCAAGGUAGUGGUAUAGAGAAGGGAGAUUUUCCACAAUAUUUCUUUUAGUAUAACAUUUAUGUUGUCAUAUCCGGUUUUAGAGUUUUGUUUUAUUUAUCUACCCAUUGUACUAAUUGCACUCUCAAAACUCCAACAUUGUGUGCUCUUUUUUUCCUUCAGAGUCCAUUGCAUCGAUUCAUGUCUGUUUUUCUCUUUAGCAUUUAUUUUGAAACACCAAGGUUGCAGCGGGGUUGUAGACGAAUGAUUAAUCAAAAGAUUUUAGUGAAGGGGUACGGUCGGGAAAGUUUGCAAGAACAUCGCAACAGAUCAAUUAAGGUUUUGUCUCUAUUUCCAUGAUUGGUCUAUGGUUUAAAAAAAGUCAAAUUAUUUGUAAAUGCCUGCUUUCUAAAGAAAGGGGAAAAGAUACCGCUUUUUAAAAUGUGAUGACAACAGUCCACACAUAUACUUCUGUUCUUUCUGUAAAUAAAAUCUGUUGAUUAAUAAGAAGCAUUUAUGUGGUGGUUUUAUUAUUUUUAUGAAGUUUUUGUGAAUGACUAACCAGUUUUGGUUGUGUUUUGUUUGCCAGCCAUUCAGAUUAAAUUAAAUAAAUGCUUUCAUAGGUUUAAAAAACGUAA